AUGCACCCUACAACUUUAAUAUAUACUUCAAGCCUUUUAUUAAUAUUUGCUGUUCUUCUUUAUCCACUUUUAGUAACCUUUACAUCCCUACCAUUAAAUAAUGAUUGAGCCUCAUCACAUGCAAAAACAGCAGUUAAAUCUGCUUUCUUAAUUAGCUUGGCCCCCCUUUCUCUUUUUUUAAGCACAGGCAUAGAGGCUGUAACUUCUUCAUGAACCUGAAUAGUCACAACUACCCUAGAUAUUACCUUAAGCUUUAAAUUCGACCACUAUUCUAUCAUUUUUAUCCCUAUCGCCCUGUAUGUCACUUGAUCUAUUUUAGAAUUUGCCACAUGAUAUAUGCACUCCGACCCCCUCAUAAAUCGAUUUUUCAAAUAUCUUCUAACCUUUCUAGUAGCAAUAUUAAUUUUAGUUUCUGCUAACAACCUGUUUCAACUAUUUAUUGGCUGAGAAGGUGUUGGAAUCAUAUCUUUCUUACUAAUUGGGUGAUGACACGGCCGGGCAGAUGCGAAUACCGCAGCCCUUCAGGCUGUUCUUUAUAACCGAGUUGGGGAUAUCGGUUUAAUUCUAGGUAUAGCAUGACUAGUUACUAACGUUAACAGCUGGGAUAUCCAACAAAUAUUUAUUUUAAGCAAGGAUUUGGAUAUAACUCUCCCCCUUCUCGGCUUAAUCUUGGCUGCAACUGGUAAAUCCGCCCAAUUUGGUCUUCACCCAUGACUGCCAGCCGCAAUAGAGGGCCCAACGCCAGUGUCUGCCCUACUUCAUUCUAGCACAAUAGUAGUAGCAGGAAUUUUUCUCCUAAUUCGGAUAAGUCCUCUUAUAGAAAAUAAUCAGACUGCACUAACUCUCUGUCUCUGCCUUGGGGCUUUAACCACUAUAUUUACUGCUACUUGUGCUUUAACCCAAAACGAUAUCAAGAAAAUCGUUGCUUUUUCAACCUCUAGCCAACUGGGUCUAAUAAUAGUAACUAUUGGAUUAAACCAACCACAAUUAGCCUUUCUUCAUAUUUGUACCCACGCAUUCUUCAAAGCAAUAUUAUUUUUAUGCUCUGGUUCAGUUAUUCAUAGCCUAAAUGAUGAACAAGAUAUUCGAAAGAUGGGCGGCCUUCAUCAUUUAGCCCCCUUUACCUCCUCCUGCCUCACCGUGGGAAGCCUGGCCCUAACGGGGACCCCCUUCCUAGCAGGCUUCUUCUCCAAAGAUGCAAUUAUUGAAGCACUAAACACAUCUCACGUAAACGCCUGAGCCCUUACCCUAACACUUAUCGCCACCUCCUUUACUGCUAUCUAUAGCCUUCGAGUCAUCUUUUUUGUUACCAUAGGCACACCCCGCUUUUUACCCCUUUCCCCAAUUAAUGAAAACAACUCAGCAGUAAUUAACCCCCUCAAACGCUUAGCAUGAGGUAGUAUCUUUGGAGGCCUACUAGUGAUACUUAAUAUUAACCUUUUCAAAACACCUGUUUUAACAAUACCUACAGAACUAAAACUUGCAGCUUUGGCUGUCUCAGUUCUCGGAUUAUUAACCGCACUUGAAUUAGCAACUCUAACGAGCAAACAAUUUAAGGUUACACCUCUACGAACUCCACACCACUUCUCUACAUCCUUGGGAUUUGUUCCGGCAAUUAUUCACCGCCAAGUUCCUCAACUCAGCCUCCUUCUAGGACAAAAAAUUGCUAGCCAAAUAGUAGACCAGACAUGACUAGAAAAAACUGGCCCCAAAGCUAUUGCUAAUGCUACCACCCCUCUAGCCUCUGCAACAAGCAACAUACAACAAGGGUUAAUUAAGACCUACCUAACCCUAUUCCUUAUAACCCUUGUUCUAGUUACUCUUAUUUCCGCCACCUAA